AUGGUCGUCGAGCGCCAGGAGGAAGGAAAAGACCAGCUAAUACAAAGCCCAGUCUACUACAUCAGCGAGGCCUUAAUCGAGUCAAAGCAGCGGUACCCGCACUACCAAAAGCUGUCACGCCAUGCUAUCAAAUCCCAAGCGCUCGCCGACUUCCUCGCCGAUUGGGAAGAGGCCCAGCAGCCGAGCUCCCCGGCGGACCUCAAGCAUUGGACACUACACUUCGACGGCUCCAAGAACCUCGAGGGAGCAGGAGAAGGGGUCGUCCUCACUUCGCCUAAAGGCGACAUCGUGAGAUACAUCCUGCAACUCCGAUUCGAGCCCUGCACCAACAACAUGGACGAGUACGAGGCACUCCUCCACGGCAUGCGCAUCGCAAAGGAGAUGGGCGCAACACGACUGCGUUGCCUCGGCGACUCCGACCUCGUCGCCAGCCAGACGUCCGGCACCUGCGACGCCACCGACGCCAACAUGAUCGCCUACAAGCGAGCGGUCGACCAGGUCGGCGCCAGCUUCGCCGGCCACGUCGUCGAGUGGGUCGACAUGCGCAAGAACGAACAAAGCAAACGCGUCUUCCUCGACAUCCUCAGUCACUCAUCGGUGCGCGUGCCACGGGAGAUCGACAUCGCCGAACCACCCGCACCCGACUCCGCCCUAGUCGCACUCGCCUCCGACACUGGGGACUGGACAGAAACGUACUUAGGCUACCUCGAGCGCCAGGUACUGCCGAUGGACGAAACGGAGGCACGCGCGCUCGUGCGCCGUUGCAAGUCCUUCACCAUCAUCAACAUUGAGCUCUACAAGCGCAUCAUCUCCGGAGUAUUACAGCGGUGCGUCACCACCGACGAAGGCCGCAAGAUUCUGCGCGACAUCCACGCAGGCGACUGCGGCCACCAUGCAGCCCACGAAGAUGCAGUCGACCUCGUCCGCGUGUGUGCUGGAUGCCAGAAGUACGCGAGUCAAUCGCACAUGUCGGGCUCGGCGCUAAAAACCAUACCCCUCACUUGGCCAUUCGCCGUCUGGGGCAUGGACAUGGUGGAGAAAUUCAAGACAGCCCCCGGCGGGUACACUCACCUCCUAGUCGCUGUGGACAAAUUCACUAAAUGGGUGGAGGCAAAACCCAUCAAGAAGUGCGACGGCAAAACAGCCACCAAGUUCCUACGGGAGUUGAUCUACCGCUACGGCUACCCUAAUAGCAUCAUCACGGACAACGGCACUAACUACGCCAAAGGGGAAAUGGCCGACUUCUGCGAAGACAAAUGCAUCCGACUCGACCUCGCGUCAGUCGCACACCCCGAGUCGAAUGGGCAAGCGGAAAGGGCGAACCAGAAUAUCCUCCACGGAAUCAAACCGCGACUGGAGGUACCCCUGGAGCGUGCGGCCGGAUGCUGGGCAGAAGAACUCCCAUCCGUACUCUGGGGCAUUCGCACAACACCGAACAGGUCAACUCGCUUCACGCCCUUCUUCCUGGUGUACGGCGCCGAAGCUUUCAUGCCCACCGACAUCGCCUACGAUUCACCACGGGGCGCCAACUACGCUGAAGAAGCAAACGAACGCGCUCGGCAAGACGAUGUCGACCUCCUCGACGAGGCACGAGACCUCGCACUCUCCAGAACGGCCAUUUACCAGCAAGGCCUUCGCCGCUACCACAGUCGCCGCGUCCACGGUCGAUCCUUCCAAGAAGGCGACCUCGUCCUUCGGUUAAUCCAGGACGAGAAAGGCAUGCACAAGCUUCCCCCCCUUGGGAAGGACCGUUCGCCGUCAGCCGCGCACUCGGCAAUGACGCCUACUACCUCACCGACGUUCGCAAAGAUGACAAAUGUGAGCCACUCACCAGGGAAGUCGAGCGCCCCUGGAACAUCAACCUCCUCCGUCAGUUCUACACCUAGAGAAGGCAUGUAA